AUGAAACUUUGUUUGUAUGAAGUUUUACUCUUAAUUGAUCCUGAAGUUAAACCGUGGCAACCAGUUAAAAAAAAAGCUAAUAUUGUUAUGUUUGUUGAUUUACAACAACAGCAUGUACAAAAUUAUAUAGAAAGUGAUCCAUUAGUUGUUGCUAUGGAUGACGUUGAAACAUUUUGUAAAGAUAUUUUUGAAUUAAUUGUUGUUGAUACAAAAGCAUUUAAAUCAAAAGUUGAUGUCGGUUCAGUUAUUGUUACUAAACUUGAUAAUCAUGCUAAAGGUGAUGGGGUGUUUUCUACGACAAAAAGUCCAAUUAUAUUUUUUGGUACAAGUGACUAUAGUGAUGAUUUUGAAAUAUUUAAAAUGAAAUCAUUUAUUAAUAAAUUAUUUGGUAUGGGUGAUAUACAUGGUUUAUUUGAAAAAAUUAGAAGAGAAUGA